AUGGUGCGCAUGAAUGUCCUGGCCGGUGCCCUUAAGAGCAUCAACAAUGCAGAGAAACGUGGAAAAAGUCAAGUUCUCAUUAGACCAUGCUCUAAAGUAAUCGUGCGGUUUUUAACUGUGAUGAUGAAGUAUGGUUACAUUGGUGAAUUUGAGAUCAUUGAUGAUCACAGAGCUGGGAAAAUUGUUGUUAAUCUGACAGGCAGACUGAACAAGUGUGGUGUGAUCAGUCCCAGAUUUGAUGUUCAGUUGAAGGACCUGGAAAAGUGGCAGAACAACCUUUUGCCUUCACAUCAGAUUGGGUACAUAGUGCUGACAACUUCCGCUGGCAUCAUGGACCAUGAGAAAGCAAGGCGAAAACACACAGGAGGCAAAAUCCUGGGAUUCUUUUACUAA